AUGCCAGCUAUAAGCCCAGUUCCAAAGCGUACUCCAUCUGCAGAAUUGUUACAACAUGAUGGAAGUGAUAAAUCUUCAGAUUAUCUCAACUUAGCAGAACCUCCAGCUGCUUCCAAGACUCCAGAUCCAUCAAACUUGUUCCCAUUGAAAAGAAGAUCAAGCAGCAACUAUCAAACUGCUUUACUUGGUGAUCAGUUGAAAAAUGUAAAUUUUAACCAGCUAAAUACAACACAUGGGAAAAAACCACAAGUCAAUACUGAUCCAUUAACGACAACGUCGUCACAUAGCUCUAUUGAGAAUCAAUACAACCCAAAAGGUUUGGAUGAAGAGUCUGCCAUCAAUAACGAAGAAGAGUAUUAUCCAACAACUGGUGAUAUGAGUCCAGAAGGUUCUAAAAGAUAUUUUCAACGUCGUUCAACAGGAAAUGGAGCAGAUGAAUCUCGUAAUUCUUUCAAUGUUCAAUACCGUGGCUCAGUUUCAUAUCCACCACAAUCAACCACCAAAGAGACUGCUCCAAACUCAGAGAAGUAUGGGGUUCCAAGAUCUUAUCAUUCAAAUCAACAAUCUCCUUCACAUUAUGAAGAACAUAAAAAUGAGUAUUUCCCAACAUCUUUUGAAUAUGCUGAUUUCAAAAGAAGAAUGUCCAAGGAUUGA